AUGUCAAAGGAAAGUCCCGAAACGUGCGCCUCUGUCAGUGAGGCUACAAUAUCUGACCAUCAGGAGAGUUGCCUUGUAAAGGACAAAACCCUCGACCUCCAUGGAGAAACAGUCAAAGUUGUUGUCAAGGGAAACCAGGCGUCUUUCUUCAUCCACGAAAAUUUGAUAUGCGCGAGGUCAGAGUUCUUCCGAAAAGCCAUGUCUGAAAGCCCAACAGCAGCCCAGGAACGCGUGAUCAAUCUUCCCAAAUGCAAGCCAGAUACGUUUCAGCUUUACAUACACUGGUUGUAUACGGCAACUAUCCCUCUCCACUCCGUGUGUACAGCUGAUCCGGCAUUCCCGUACGUGCUCCUUAUGACAGAGGCGUAUGUGCUAGGAGAAGAUAUAUCCGACACCAAUUUCAAGGACACAGUGAUUUAUGCUCUCCAACACCAAAUCACGCGUAUAGUCGCCUCUGGGUUUGACGUUGGUGAGCUUCUUUUGAAGGCGACGGUAAAGGCGUACGGAAAUACCCCCGAGUCGUCCCCCAUCCACCGCUUUUUGAUCGAUCAGUAUGUUAAACAAGGGGGAGCGCAGCAUUCUCGUGGGCCGGUAGAGACGGACGAUAUUCCAAAGGAGUUUUAUAUUGAUCUCUCAGUGGCUCUGAUCUCCACGGAAAAUCGAAAACAGCCCAAACUAUUCGUGGGAAUGUGCCAGUAUCACUGCCAUGGACAUGACGAACCUACCAAAUGCUACCGCAAGAAGCUAUUCACAUCACGUUCUCCUUUGGGGCUUCCAUCUGCCCCGCCAAAACACGAUUUUAGCCCAGAUUCGCUCGCCAAACGCAGAAAGAUAGGAGGAGACUCUUAA